CUCUAUACACUCCGGUGUAGUAGGUGGCGGUAUGUGCGUUUCAAGGGUGUUUGUAAGCCGCCAUUACUCUAAAAGAAGGAGAUCCCAGUCUUCCGAUCCAUUAAACUCGCGCAGAGUUGAGUCGCUGCGCUUGUUUACGCGUCCAGCGAUUAUGUAAAUGAGGCCAGCGGCUGUAAACUGACUCGUGAGACCAGAAUAUUGUUCAUUCGCGAUGACUGGAAGAUUGUGGACACCCGAAGCGGAGGAGACGCUGAUCGAGCUCUGGCAGGAGUCUGCAUGUCUGUACGACAUUUCGUCCGCCGAUUACCACAACCGGGAGGAGAAGGACAAACGAUGGAAGGAGGUCGCCGAUGCGCUUCAGAUGCCCGCUUUGGCGGUGGCGACCAGGGUGGCGUCUCUGAGGACUCAAUAUUCCAGACUGAGGAAACCCAAACCCAACGGGAGUGAGAAGAAGCCCCUCACGAUGAGGCAGCGGUGGCUCCUGAGGGCCCUCGGCUUCCUGAAGCCACACAUCGUUCAUCGGCAAAGCGAGAACCCUCUGGGUUCUGAUAAAGUGGAGGAAACUGCAGACGAGUCGGAUGAAAUGGAGACGGACAAAGAAGUGGACAGUUUCGACUCCAUCAGCGUGUGUCUCUCCCCGAUGCCCGGCACUCCAGACACCGGCAUCCCCGAGGAAACUGCCUCGUACUCGCUGUCUCCCCGGAGCACAUCCGGCAAACGCACGCGCUCCUCCGAAUCCGACAUCGAGCUGCAGAAGCUGGAGGUGUUGAAGCAGAUGUCCGCUAAAGUCCUGGAGCACCCGUCUCCGGACGCCGCCGCCGUCUUCUCCAGCCAAGUGGCGAUGGAGUACCGUCUGCUGAGAGACCCCAGCGUCCAGAUGCGCGUCCGCCGGCAGAUCAUGGCUCUCCUCUACGAGGCACAGGAUUCAGAGAAACGUUCCCGGCAGUCCAAGAGACACGAGCAGAGAGAACUCAAAACUGAGGACGACGUUACUUGGAUUAACACUAAUAUAUAAGCUGAAAAAUAGUGUUGUUCUUGUGUUUUCUACAUUGUACUGAACUAUUUUCCUAGUGGAAGCUUUGAGAUAAUCUACAUGUAAGAUAAUAAAACUGUCCAACUCUUCA